UUGACGGUAGUUGACAGGAAACGGCUGUCCGUGCGUGCGUGCUAGCGUGAAGUAGCGGUGGGAGGUGAUUUCGACUUUUCUCGUUCCGUCGAAAACCGCGUCGAAGAGAGAUAUACAAUCAGUGAUUUCUUCUUCAUCAGUCGGCGGAAAGAUCAUUUCAAUCGUUGCUGGUGGAUGGUGCAGCCUUCGUCGCUUGAAUAUUGGAUUAAUAUUCCUUUGCCGGUGCGCUGGUGACCAUCUCAAGUAGACGUGUUUUAACGGCUCGAAGAAAAAGUGUCCCGUUUGAGCUUUCUGUCGAACAGAUUGAAUCCGACGCAUAAAACCUGCAUCUCCGGAUAUGACACCUAAAGUGUUGGAAAAAAAAUCCUGUAAUCCUGUAUGCAGUCCAGCAACUGAAAUGCGGUCCUGAAAAGAAAAAAAUAUGAGAUUUAAAAACCAAAACAAGUGAUAAAAAAAUAAACAAGUGUUCCCGGGAGAUCUUGUCCAAUUCCAGUGGAGACUAUUCGUGUGUUGAAUAUCGGUUUUCAGCUUAUCGAUGGAUAAUGCAGAAUACUGAGUGUCUGUAUGUGUGACAGUAUGUGUACUCCGGAUAUUGUUUGAAUGAGCCAACGCCAGACCACGCUAUCUACGCUAGGGAGGCGUAAAAUUGUACCAAUACUCUCUUCCCCAUGCCUUGAUUGUUUGCGCAAACCAAUUCUUUCCCUUUCAUUUUACAGUGUUUUUCGCUACAUGGGGGUUUGACGGAGUUUGUGGUUUUGUGAUUCUUGUUGGUGUUAAACUUUGGAGCUUUGGAUGUAUCAGUGUGUGGUGGCGUCUCACCGACAGUGUCUGUUACGGUAAUUGACAAUAUGUGCUGUGGUCAGUAGAAGUAGAGCCUGUGAAUUGCGAUCGCAUAAACCACGCAAAGAAACAAGCGUGAACAGCAUGCGGUUUAGGUAAAAUAACGUCAAUUGCGUUGCGUAGUACUGGAUACAUUAAAAAAAAUAGCGGCCAACACAAACACUGCCAAAAUUGGAAAAAAACAAAAAAAGAGGUAUAUACUACAGUAAUGGCCACACUGCGCUCUCAGUAUGGAAUAAAUAUAAUUUUCCUUUUCAUCGUACAUUUAAACCACGGAAUUACAAAGUCACUGCAAACGUUUUCGGAGGAACAGUUCCUUCUGGAGCUGAGUGAUGAUCGCAGCAGUUCACCGGUAACGCGUCCUCCGAUACGCAACCGGACACCGCCGUACCUUGGCAAUCUGCACCUUGGCUUUCAUCAGCACCAGCAGCAUCACCAUCAGCAUGCGGAGACGAGUGAGAACGAAAUUUACGACUCGGACGAGAGUAAUCUGCUCCGGACGCCGCUCGACCGUGGGCCACACUUUGAUUUGUCCGCCUCGAAGAACAUUACAGCGCUGGUCGGGAAGACGGCCUAUCUCAACUGCCGGGUGAAGAACAUCGGCAACAAAACGGUGUCCUGGGUGCGGCAUCGUGACAUUCAUCUGUUAACCGUAGGUAGAUUCACCUAUACGUCUGACCAACGUUUCCAGGCUGUACAUAAUCCCCAGACAGACGACUGGUCGCUACAAAUUAGAUACCCCCAGAAGCGGGACACGGGCGUGUACGAGUGCCAGAUCUCCACUACGCCACCGGUCGGGCACUCAAUGUUCCUCGCCGUCGUAGAGCCAAUCACCACGAUCGUUGGUGUGCCGGAUCUGUACAUCAACACGGGCUCAACUGUAAAUUUAACCUGCAUAGUGCGGAACUCGCCCGAGCCUCCUUCAACCAUCUUUUGGACCCACAACAAUCAGGAGAUCAACUACGAUUCACCCCGGGGCGGUGUGUCGGUCAUAACGGAGAAGGGUGAAUUAACGACAUCGUACCUGCUAAUACAGCGCGCCCGUACCACCGACAGCGGGAAGUACGUCUGCUCCCCAUCGAAUGCCGAUCCUUCCACGAUCAACGUGCACAUCCUGAAUGGUACCGUUCGACCGCCCUACUCGCUAACCGCGUCCAGGGCAAUGACAAAUACGACAUUGUUCGCCCGAUACUGGAAACAUUUCAGACAGUAUUUGUCAGGGCUACCAUUGUUGGGCUCCCCGCUCAAGCGGUUUGCAUUGCCGCCCAGCCAGUGGAGUUUGCCGCUGAACUUAAUGGUGCCGAGUAUUGCAUCGACAGCAUUUCUCCUGAAAAUCCACGCGUGGACCAACAACUGUCGGUGGUGACGGUGAAGAAAUUCAUCGUAGAGCUCAUCCCUGAUCCAACAAGACAAGACAGGAAGGGAUAAUAGGUGAAGAGAGCUUUGUUAAAACUCUUG